CCGGCCGAAUUCAUCCACGUUCUCUCCAUCCCCAUCCCCAUCUGCAUCCCCAAGCAGAGCACCGCGCCGUCACCCUCACGCCGUAUAAACCACCGCCCCACCAACGCCAGACCCCCGUCGCCCUCCCUCGCGUGAGCCGCGUCCCCCUCCCCGCCGCCCCCCGCCCCAGAUCCACCGACACCCCACCCCACCCCCCUCCCCCGCCGACGCCGCUGCCGCCCCACCCCCAGAUCCAGAUCCGGCGGCCAUGGCCAUGGCCGCGGCCCGCCCCCGCUCACCGCUCGCGCUCCUGGCGCUCGCCGCGGCGGCGGCGCUCCUCCUCCUCGCCACCCCCGCCGCGCACGCCUUCUACCUCCCGGGGAGCUACCCGCACAAGUACGCCCCGGGGGAGCCGCUGAGCGUCAAGGUGAACUCGCUCACCUCCAUCGACACCGAGAUCCCCUACAGCUACUACAGCCUGCCCUUCUGCGCGCCGCCGGAGGGGGUCAAGGACAGCGCGGAGAACCUGGGCGAGCUGCUCAUGGGCGACCGCAUCGAGAGCUCGCCCUACCGCUUCAAGAUGCACGCCAACGAGUCGGACGUGCUGCUCUGCCGCUCCGCCCCGCUCUCCCCGCCGGACUUCGCCCUCCUCAAGCGCCGCAUCGACGAGAUGUACCAGGUCAACCUCAUCCUCGACAACCUCCCCGCCAUCCGCUACACCCGCAAGGACGACUACUUCCUCCGCUGGACGGGCUACCCCGUCGGCAUCCGCGUCGGCGUCGACUACUACGUCUUCAACCACCUCCAGUUCACCGUGCUCGUGCACCGCUACGAGGACCCCAACGUCGCCCGCGUCAUGGGAGCCGCCGCCGACGCCUCCGACGGCGCCGCCGUCUCCGCCAACGCCGGCAAGGACGCCUCCGCCGCCCCCGGCUGGAUGGUCGUCGGCUUCGAGGUCGUGCCCUGCAGCAUCAAGCACAACCCCGAGGACGCCAGGGCCGUCAAGAUGUACGGCAGGUUCCCCAGCAAGAUCAAGUGCGACCCCUCCACCGUCUCCAUGAGCAUCAAGGAGAACGAGCCCAUCGUCUACACCUACGAGGUCUCCUUCGUCGAGAGCGACAUCAAGUGGCCCUCCCGGUGGGACGCCUACCUCAAGAUGGAGGGCGCCAAGGUGCACUGGUUCUCCAUCCUCAACUCGCUCAUGGUCAUCGCGUUCCUCGCCGGCAUCGUCUUCGUCAUACUGCUCAGGACCGUCAGGCGCGAUCUCACGAGGUAUGAGGAGCUCGACAGCGAGGCGCAGGCCCAGAUGAACGAGGAGCUGUCCGGGUGGAAGCUCGUCGUCAGCGAUGUCUUCCGCGCGCCCAGCAACCCAAUGCUGCUCUGCAUGAUGGUUGGGGAUGGGGUUCAGAUCCUGGGAAUGGCCGUGGUCACCAUCCUGUUUGCCGCGCUUGGGUUCAUGUCGCCGGCCUCCCGUGGUACCCUCAUCACAGGCAUGCUCUUCUUUUACCUGGUUCUCGGGAUCCUGGCAGGGUACGCCAGUGUCCGCGUCUGGAAGACAAUCAGGUGCGGAGAUCACUCGGGCUGGGUUGGUGUUUCGUGGAGGACAGCCUGCUUCUUCCCUGGCAUCGCGUUCCUGAUCCUCACCACACUCAACUUCCUGCUGUGGGGAAGCCAGAGCACCGGCGCCAUCCCCUUCUCGCUGUUCGUCGUGCUGAUCCUGCUCUGGUUCUGCAUCUCUGUGCCGCUUACACUCGUUGGUGGGUUCCUCGGUGCCAAGGCGCCGCACAUCGAGUACCCUGUCCGCACAAACCAGAUCCCGCGUGAGAUCCCUGCUCAGAAGUACCCGUCCUGGCUGCUGGUUCUCGGCGCCGGCACGCUGCCCUUCGGCACCCUGUUCAUCGAGCUCUUCUUCAUCAUGUCAAGCAUCUGGAUGGGGCGCGUGUACUACGUCUUCGGGUUCCUCUUCAUUGUGAUGCUGCUCCUGGUCAUCGUCUGUGCCGAGGUCUCCCUGGUCCUGACCUACAUGCACCUCUGCGUGGAGGACUGGAAGUGGUGGUGGAAGUCAUUCUUCUCGUCCGGGUCCGUGGCCAUCUACAUCUUCCUCUACUCCAUCAACUACCUGGUGUUCGACCUCAAGAGCCUGAGCGGGCCGGUGUCGGCGACCCUCUACCUCGGCUACUCGCUCUUCAUGGUCAUCGCCAUCAUGCUGGCCACCGGCACGGUCGGGUUCAUCUCCUCGUUCUGCUUCGUGCACUAUCUCUUCUCGUCUGUGAAGGCUGAUUAAGUUUCUCCUUGCGUGGAAUGAUCAUUGAAUUGAGAGGUGAGUAAGCAUAGUGGGGAGUGGGCAUUGAAAAAGUUUGUAGUCAUCACAAUCGGUAGUUCAUCCCAACUUUUGGUAUACAUGUCCUGAAUAACUAUUUGUAUGGUCUAGGGAGGAUUCGCCAGUGGGCUUUAUGAUGAGGUGCAGGCAGCUUGCACGAUGUAAUAGAAUGAAUUGGUUUAUUCACAUUUACCGCCAUUUUAGCUGAUCAUUCUGCCAUUUAGUACUCUA